CAACUACUUGAAGUAAACUAUACGAGUGCUAAUAAAGUGUGAAGUCGCCCUAAAAAUGAUAAAGAUGUGAAGUAAUGCCUGAGAGCCAGUGAACGCCAGGAAGUAUUGCACCAUCUUGCCCCAGUUUUGGUUAUUUAAUUAAGGUAUAAAUAAAUCCCCACAAUGAAUGCAAGUGAGGAUAAUCAAUUGAUGGAGCCUUCAGAGCUCUCAUCACAGGAUUCCAAUUCGGAGAACAAUCUCACAAUAAGCCUACGAGCUAUUCCCUCGGUGGCCGAGUAUUAUGAAAACAUGACUGCCUUUGUCAGCUUGGCCAUUUUUGUGGCCAGUUUGCUGACCAUCCUGAACAUCUGCAUCUUCUCCACCACCGUCUCGAGGAUGUGCCGCCACUUGAGCAAACCUCUCCUGCAGCCCUCGAUCAUGAUGGUCGCCCUGUAUCCCAUUAUCUCGGUGGCAGCCCUGGUGACCAUCCUGGUGCCCUACUCCUGGUUCAUGUGCCACACGGUGAUGCAUUUGAUGUUCAUGGUCGGCGGACCCGUGUUCCGUACACUCCUCUUCCGCUACGUGGUCUCCGAGCAGAAUUACGUUAAGGAGACGGGCGGAGAGGCGGUCCAGCUGAACACGCCCCCUUGUUGCUGCUGCUGCUUCUGUCUGCCGAUGGUAGUGCCCACGAAGGCGAAGCUUUGCAUCUCCCGAUACAUGGUCUGGCAGAUGCCCUUCUGGCAGGGCUCCAUUAUGCUGGUGAUGAACAUCCUCUACUACCGGGACAUCAAUUUGUACCACCAGGUGAUGUACUUCUUCAUACCCUUCAUCGUCUGUUCGAUUGUGAUGGGGGCGUGGUCGCUUCAAAUCACGGUUCGGAUGAUCACCAAGCUCAGGGGAGACUACCAGCUGCGGAAGAAGAUGUUCUGCCUCCAGUUGGUGGUGAUGCUGUGCAAGCUGCAGUACUUGCUCCUUUAUGAUCAGUUGGAUGGAAUCCCCAUGGGCGGGGAGUAUCCCAUCAACCACACAGUCUACAAACAGACCAUCAUUAAUAUCCUUAUUUUGGUGGAAAUGGUAUUGGUGUCCAUGAUGGUCCAAAGCGCCUACCGCACACCCAUUCAGGUCCAGGUCGACGAGGUCAACAAGGAGAAGGAGAUAACUCGUAUCUGAGUUGAUUUUUUGGCUAUUGGAUUGUUAGUAGCAAAGAAAUGUGAUAAAUUUAAUAAAGAAAUGUUAGUUCAA